AUGGCAAGUCCGUUGCUGUGCCUGGCCGCCGCGGCGCUGGCCGUAGUAGCCGUCCUCGUCUCCACGACAGAGGCGUGGCGCGCGACGCCGCCGCCGCUGCCGGUGCUGCCGAUCCCGUCGGCGCCGCAGCUGAAGUGGCAGUGCCGCGAGGUGAUCAUGUUCUUCCACUUCGGCAUGAACACCUUCACGGACUCCGAGUGGGGCACGGGCCCCUGGCGCGGAGGCCGCGGCGACGUGGUCAGGGAGUUCGUGGACGCCGCCCGUGCGCGCGGCGUCGACGCCGGGCUCUACCUCUCGCCGUGGGACCGGCACGACGAGCGGUACGGCGAGGAGGUCGCGUACAACGAGUACUACGAGGCCCAGCUCCACGAGCUCCUCACCGGGUACGGGAGCGUGUCGGAGAUUUGGUUCGACGGCGCCAAGGGCAAGAACGCGACCAAUAUGACGUAUCACUUCCAGGAGUGGUUCCAGACGGUGAAGCAGCUGCAGCGCUCCAUCAACAUCUUCUCCGACGACGGGCCCGACGUCCGGUGGGUCGGCGACGAGAAGGGCUACGCCGGAACCACCUGCUGGUCCACCGUCAACCGCUCCAUGAUCACCAUCGGCGAAGCCGGCAUCGAGAAGGCGACCCACUGGGUGCCGCCGGAGUGUGACGUGUCGAUCCGGACGGGCUGGUUCUGGCACAAGAACGAGACGGCCAAGCCGCUGAGCCAGCUGCUGGAGAUCUACUACAACUCCGUGGGACGGAACUGCGUGCUCCUGCUCAACGCGCCGCCCAACUCCACUGGCCUGGUCGAGGACGCCGACAUCGCGCGGCUGCGCGAGUUCGGGGCCGCCGUGGCCACCAUCUUCGGCACGGACCUCGCCGCGGGCAGCGAGCGCGGCGCCGGGUUCGCGGCGCGCAACGUGCUGGACGGCCGCGACGACACGUACUGGGCGCCAACGGGCGAGGACGGGCGCCGGAACGGGUACUGGAUCGAGCUGCGUCUGCGGCGGCCGGGGCCGGGCGCGCAGGCGUUCAACGUGGUGCGGAUCCAGGAGCACGUGGCGCUGGGGCAGCGCGUGGAGCGGCACGCGGUGUACGUGGACGGCGCGCCCGUGGCCAACGGCACGACGGUGGGGCACAAGCGGCUGCACCGGCUGCCCCGCCCCGUCGCGGGCACGACGGUGCGGGUCUGGAUCGCGGCGCGGCGUGGCCCGCCGCUGCUCUCGGCGGUGGGCCUCCACUACGACCCCUUCGUCGAGGCGAACACGAUGUGA